AUGGCUAAAAGAAGCAAAUCUCAGCUCACGGCAGACGCAGCUCUUGCCGAAGACUACGACAGCGACGAGGAAGUGUUCGAGGGAGCCAAGCGUGCUUCUGCGGACGUGAUGGCCUCGCGGCCCAUUGCCAAGUUGAAGCCGCGGCUCAAGGCUGUGAACGGCUCCAAGCCGGAGCCCAAAGUUGGCGGAGCUUUUGGGUUCCUCGGGGCCUCCGCCACGGAACAAUCUAGUAAACCAGCCAAUCCGUUUGCAUUCUCAAAGUCCACAGAGGAGGUCAUCAACGACCAGCCUACACAGUUAAAAUCCUUGAAUGCUCUGUUUUUGGAGGCCGUCAACAACGCUAUUCAGAAGAACCCUAUUGCAGACUUGCGUCCCAUUUUAUCCAAGUACAAUGAGUAUUACGACAAGGUGGUGAAUAAUAAAAUUGCCGUGAAAAAGGCAGAGGUGCCGAAGGUAGAUGUGAAGGUGGCCGAGGUGAAGAACCCCCAGUUCAAGUUUGGUGAUAGCAAGCCUGCAGAAUCCGAGGAAGAGGAGGAAAAACCGGUGGAAAUAAAAGGACCAGCGUUCAAGCUGGAUACGCUGCCUAAAUCAAAGAAUUACGGGUUCAAGUUCGGCCAGGCCCCGCCUCCGGACUCGGACUCGGAUGACGACGUCAAGAUAGAAGGCCCAAAGUUCCAGCUCGCUGGCGGCACACAGAUCAAAGAUGAUGUGUUUAAGCUGCCAAAGAAAGAGGAGAAGGAGAAAAAGGAGGAUAAGCCAGCAUUUACGUUUGGCCAGACAGAGACCAAAGAGACUCCUAAGUUUUCGUUCGGUCAGACGCCCGCCCCGGCCUUCUCGUUUGGCAGCCAGCCCGAGCCGGCUGAAAAGCAAGAAAAGCAGGAAAAGUCAAAAACACCAGCAGAAACACCAGCAUUCUCGUUUUCGGACAAACCAGCAUUCUCGUUCAACGUUCCAAAGGAGACAAAAGAAGAGCAGAAGCCGGAGCAAAAGCCGGAGCAGAAGUCGGAGCAGAAGUCGGAGCAAAAACCUGCAUUUUCGUUUGGCUCUUCUGCCUUCUCCUUCACCAAGCCCUCCGAGACCAAGCCAGCCGACUCUGAGCCGGCCAAACCAGCUUUCUCGUUCUCCGCCCCUUCUAACGGGUUCAACUUCUCGUCGCAGCCCGCACAAAAGCCUGCCGUGUCCAAUCCGUUCAAUUUUGCAUCCAAGUCACAGGACACUGCUCCUGCUGCCUCGACGUUCAACUUCAACUUUUCUGCGCCAAAACCAGAAGAGAACAAGGACGACGCUGCCAACGACGACGACGAGGUGCAGAAUGAAGACGUUAAGGGUGACUUUGCCGUUGUCAAGCUAACACAGAAGGUGGACACGAAAACCGGCGAGGAAAACGAGACGGUUUUGUACACGAAAAAAUCCAAGGUGCUCAAGUUCGACGCGGCUGACAAGUCGGAUCCGUACAAGUCGAUCGGGCUGGGCGAGCUCAAGGUGCUCAAGAACACAGAGACGGGCAAGUCGCGGAUUCUGGUGCGGUCCGAGGGCAGCAUGAACGUGCUGCUGAACGUGGCUAUUUUGAAGGACGUCAAGUACGAGCUGAUCGGUAAGGGCAAUUCCAUGCGGAUCCCUACGUUCUCGCCCGACGGUAAGCUCGAGACGUAUAUCGCGCGCGUCAAGACGGCCGACGACGGCAAGAAUCUGCUCGAAAAAGUGCAAAGCUGCCAGUGA